AUGAUGCGCCACAACAAACGAGACGAAGAGGCAGGGGGGCCGGGGCUGGGCAUUUUGAAGACUCGAAAGAGAACACGCCGAGCUCGCGAUGGAACCAUUAUUGUCCGUCCAUCCCAGCGAGAAAUUCGGUCGGCAGGGCGCUCUACCAUCUCUUGUUCCAGCUCUGAAGUAGACCUGAUGGAAGAGGAAGACCAGUCGAUGGACGAAGUCCCUAUAUCACCACCGAUUUCCGGUACGGGUCCGACUUCACUGUCGAUCGAUGAAACCGACCCGUUUUUAGCUCCUAUGAUGCCAGGAGGUCCCUUUGAACCGUAUGUGGAGCCGGUUCCUGGCCAAUUUGAUGCAGCCGACGGCUCAUUCAAUGUGGGACUCGAUGGCAUGGGUGAUUUCUUUGGCGUGGAUACCGCGACCGACUUUAAUCUACCGUUUGCCGCGACAUAUAAUUAUAACUGGUUGUUUGAUGUCGCUUCUCUCGACGAUGCCUUUCACCAAUUCGACUUUCCCCUCGGAUUCGACGCGGAGCCCUUUCCCGAGGUAUAUAGCCCGGCGAUGGAUAAAUAUGACGGUCCAUCAGCUCUAUUAGAGGUGGCUCAGAUGAUGAAUAAAGGUCAGGGACCACAAUCAACAUUGUCCCCUGUGGCGCCCGAACUUCUCGAGAUGGACUGGAUGUCUGGAACCUCUUUCCUGGGCUCGAAUCCCCCACCACGCUUGCCGCGCUUGUCCGAGAAUGCCCGCCGAGGCAUAAUCUCCGUGGUGGCCCAGGCAUCGCCGAUGGGCAUUGAUGGACAGCCGAUGGCUCUAGACUCGCCCCUACUUACACUGGGCGCGCUGCAGGGCUAUUGUGAUCUCUUUUUUGCUCGCUUUAAUGUUACAUAUCCCCUCAUUCAUCAGCCAACUUUCAGUCCAGACCUCGUGGAUCCAGUCUUUCUGGCGGCUGUUCUAUUCAUGGGCGCUACCUAUAGCUCUCGCGAAGCACAUCAGCUGGCCGUUGGAAUUCACGACAAGCUGCGGAAUCAGCUCCUGUGUCAUCAAAACUUCUCCCCACAACCCGAUCUUUGGGUCCUACAGACCAUGCUUUUAGUUGACUGUUUUGGUAAAAUGAGAGCCGGUCCGAAGCAGCGGGAGUUAACACAAUUAUUCCACUGUGUGCUUAUAAAACUCAUUCGCCGUAGCAAUGCCUGCAGUAUCCAAGACUCAUCGCAUCUGGCUCGAUCCGAAGACUUGGAGCAGGCAUGGCGGCAAGCGAUGGAUGAAGAGCAGCGGAAAAGACUCGCUAUGCAUUGCUUCAUGUGGGAUACUCAGCACGCGGUUCUUUUCUCACAGUCCUUGUGCAUGUCCGCAUUUGAAAUCAGAUCAUGUUUGCCUUGCAGUGCCACGGCGUGGGAAGCUUCGACUGCCCGUGAAUGGGCCCAUACGGCGAUUCGCGAGACGAAUCGACCUUUUCUCGCCGUUCUCAAGGGCUACAUCACCCCUGGAGCUGUGUCCCGACCCCGAGAUCUCAAUGCCUUUGCCCGCACCAUCAUUUUGCACGGCCUCAUGUCUGUUUCGGCAGAUCUAAAGCGCCGUGAUCAAACAACCUUGCGGUCGGAGACUCCGGAACGAGUGGGAGCUUGGACGCCCCGUAUGAGUCGAUCGUAUGACUUGUGGAAAGUUGAUUUUGACGCAGAUUGUCUCGCCAUGAAACUGGCACAGACAGCAGACCCGCGGCGCUUCACAGGGCUGAAAAUGGCUGCGUAUGCGCUCUAUCAUGCAGCCUGUCUUGCAUUGAAUGUGGAAAUUCUGGAUUUGCAAAUUGUCGCCGGCGCAAUGCAGAUUUUAGGGCGAGCAGUGACACUGGCAGAUCGGUCAAGAUCGCAGCGAAAUAUUCUUCGCUGGCUUCAUGAAGAAUCCGCGGCAUCUUCAGUCGCCGCACGACAUUCAUCCCAUUUGUUACAAGACGCCGUUCUGAGUCUUCAUGAUUGGGAUCAGACUGAUGCUUUUCACUUCCCAUGGUGCUUAUACCUGGCUACGUUGACAUGCUGCGUUUUCCAUCGAGGGAUGGAUCUUUCCUCAUCCGAGAGCCGGAUUACGACGGACAUCUCGUCCCUUAUCGUGAUGAUGACGAAUUGCCCCAGUGCUACCGAACUGGCCGCACUGUCCGGCAAAUAUGACCCCAAGCCUUUGGCGGCAGCCAUGGCACAGCAAUUAGCCACCGUCCGAUGGGCAGUUGUGCACGAUGCAAUGAAGGUACUAGUGGGCUUGUCUCUAUAG